CAUAAAAAAUAGCUGAAAGAAAUGAGUUGCCGUAUAUAUGCAAGCGAUAUCUUCAAUGCUGCUAAACUCGGAAAUAUUGAACCAUUGCAUAUUGCCUCGAUAAACUGCAAAAAAAGAUAUGGCGAAACUGCGCUCAUGAUGUCUGUUGAUGCCAAUAAUGUGCUGGCAUUAAAAACCCUACUCUCAGCAGGUGCUGAUCCUAAUAUAUCUAGGAACAAUAAUGAUGGCAUCACAGCACUGGCUAUAGCUGUGGUAAAAAACAGAGUUGAAUGUGUGAAGGAACUCAUCAGGGCAGGAGCUUUCUUAAAUUGUAAGCGUGGAUUAAAGGCUUUAAAGAUGGCGAGGGAUGAAACGUUUUUGGAUGCUGUUGUGGAAGGGGAGCAAGCUAUGAAAAAAUAUAUAAAACAAGAUUCGGACCAACGGGGUACAGCAGUUUAUGUAGCUUUCAAGAAGAAUUGUUUUAAUUUACUCAUUGCGUUAAUAGACUCGGGGGUUUCUUUGAGUUUAAGAUCAUUAUCGUACAAAGAUACGACAGAAAAUAAAAAAAUGACUACAUUGCUUCUGAAAGCAGCUGAAAUAACUCUUAACGAAAAAGUAGGAGAUGGGCAGACUCUACUAAAACAAGCCAUACGAUUAAAAGAUAUACAGUUUUUAAAAUUUCUGAUAGAAAAUCAUGUCGAUCUUAAUGUUGCAGAUUCCACCGAAAACACAUGUCGUGAUGGUCAAGUUGCGUUAGUAAACGUACUUCUGGCUGGGGCUAAAAUGGAAGCGGUAAGGUGA